AUGGGCAAAACCGACGCCGACCCAUUCGCCAUCUUCCACCAACCGCCCCCAGGCGAGACGCCCAGCGAACGUGCGGUGCGGCAGGCGAAAGAGGCUGAGGCGAAGCGGGUCAGCGACCUGAUUGACGAGCAGCUCAAAGCGGAGAAGCAGGCGCUGAAGAAGGAGAAGUACGUGGUAAAGGUGCUGCUGCUUGGACAGUCGGAGAGUGGCAAGUCUACGACGUUGAAAAACUUCCGCAUGCGAUAUGCUAAAGCCGCCUGGGACGCCGAGCGAACCUCCUGGCGGUCGGUCAUCCAGCUCAACGUCAUACGGUCUAUCAUCACCAUCGUCGAAAUCCUGCAAGCCGAGAUGGACGGCGACCCAAUCGACUCCAGCACACCCACAACACCCGCUGAGGCGCCCGCCCUCAAUUCUCCGACACAGGUUCUAUCGACACUCCUGACAGACAAACACCAACUUCUGAAGCUCCGCCUCGGCCCUCUUCGGCGCGUAGAGACGGAUCUCAGGAAGAGGCUCGGGCAGGGCGCUGUGGAGGAGACAGACGGAGCUGCCGCUGAGCUCAGCGAGCUCGGUCCGCUCAGCCUCGAGCCCGAGUCGGAGGUAUUGGUCAAGAAACAGAGAACGGAAUGGGGCGUGCACCGGCUGCACGACGCCCUGGAGAAACUUUCCUCUACGGUGGCUCGAGUGGGCAGCCCAAGUUCACGAGGUCAUGGGAGCGAUGAUGGGUCGAGAGAGGGCGGUGCGGAUGAUGUUACGGAUGUGAUUGCGAGUUGUAGGGAGGACAUGAAGGCUCUGUGGUCGGAUGAGGCUGUUAGGACUGUGUUGAAGAAAAGGAAGACGCGGAUGGAGGACUCGGCGGGGUUCUUCCUCGAUGAUCUCGACCGCAUAGCCCAACGAAACUACGAACCAUCUGACGACGAUGUCGUUCGCGCCCGCCUACGAACCCUGGGCGUUCAAGAGUACCGGAUCUCCUUCGAUCCUAACGACAACACCGUCUUCGCAGACGCGUCAGACCCCUCUCUUGAGCCGCGGCCUGUGAAACGGAUACCCAUCCUGAACAUCGCAGGAGUUGGGGGCGACGCUGGGAGGGAAUGGUUACUAUACGAUGUAGGAGGAUCAAGAACGAUGCGUCAUGCAUGGCUGCCGUACUUUGAUAACGUUCAAGCUAUCAUCUUCCUGGCCCCCGUCUCAUGCUUCGAUGAACGGCUAACAGAAGACUCAAAGAUCAAUCGCCUAGAAGAUUCGUUCCUUCUCUGGCGGACGGUCUGCGGCUCCAAGCUCCUGCAAAAAACAACGAUGAUCAUGUUCCUGAACAAAUGCGACCUCCUCAAGAAAAAGCUCAAGUCGGGCGUUCAAGUGAAGACGUACCUCCCAAGCUAUGGAGAGCGGCCGAACGACGCCAACACUGUCGUGAAAUACCUGAAGGACAAGUUCAAGGAGAUUCUCCACCAGGAGUCGCCAGAGUUGAGGCGAAGUUAUUUCUAUGCGACGACCGUCAUCGAUACGAAGGCGACAGCCGCUACGAUCAAAGCUGUUCGGGACAGCAUCCUGCGAGACUACCUCAAGAGUGCGGAUAUCGUCUAA